AUUUCAUGAUGUUUCAGAACAUUUUAGGGAUAUCUCGUUUAUUUUUUUCUUUUUAACUGGAAAACAAAGAUGCUUUUUUCCCCCCGUUAAAUUUAUAUAUUUCAAAUCCAAAACAUUCAUGCAGCUCAAAUCAGCUAAUAAACAGCAUUAAUAUAUGAGAAUUAGAUAUUCAAAUGUAAUGUGUUAAGCAUUUACUUCUCUGAGAGAAAAAUCGGGGUACAUGAAAGCAACCAAAAUCGACGUUAAAUCGAAUCAAAAAGCUUUGGACAUUAUAACAUAGACGGCUCUUAAAUCUGCUGUGAGAGCAUAUGGAGAAAACAACAGAGACUUUCGUGCGCGUGAAGUUGAGAGAUCGCUGCUGCGUGACGUAGACCAUCAUUCGUGCGGCUUUGAAAACAGCAUCGUCGCUCCAUCUCUGAUGUCCUCUAAUAUACCGCUUCUGUUGAAGACACGGAUGACAUGAACGGAUCGCCAGCGUCACGACUACGGCCGUUUAUACUCUGUUUUUGUAUUUAGCAGUGUGUGUACGGUUGUGUGUGUGUGUGUGUGCUCGGAAACCUGACGCGUCUCUGCACCAGCCGAGGCAGGCGGCGGUGCUGAGGAGUCUCUGCUGUCGCAGUUGCAGCCGAAGGAGAGGGGACUAGGCAAGCUGGUGUGAAUGUUGGCCGAGUUAAGGAACGUGGCAGGAUGGCGUCCACGGGCACGCAGAUCUUCGCCUUCGUGCUGGCAUUGCUAGGCAUCCUAGGUGCCACGGUGGCCACGUUACUGCCUAACUGGAAGGUGAGCGCGGAUGUUGGCUCCAACAUCAUCACUGCCAUCUCGCAGAUGCAGGGGCUGUGGAUGGACUGCACCUGGUACAGCACUGGCAUGUUUAGCUGUACCCUAAAAUACUCUGUGCUGGCGCUGCCCGCAUACCUCCAGACGGCACGCACCACUAUGGUGCUCUCCUGUGUGCUGGCAGCGCUGGGAUUGUGUUUGGCCUCUGUGGGUUUAAAGUGCACUCGCUGGGGUGGGGGACGGCGUGCUAAACGUCACGCUGCCAUGGCCGCCGGCACCUGCUUUCUGGCCUCUGGCUUUCUCUGCCUUGUUCCUGCCUCCUGGUACACAAAUGAGGUUAUUGUCAGUUUCCUGGACGCCAACGUGCCAGAAAGCAACAAGUUCGAGCCAGGCGGUGCCGUCUAUGUAGCGUUCGUCUCAUCUGGUUUCCUUUUCGUGGGCGGAUCCAUUUUCUGUCUGUCCUGCCCGGGGAAGCGACACGGCCACCAGGAUUUGGUACUUCUCCCUCCGGACAAACUCCUCCUGCAGCAGCAGCAGCAACUGCUGCAACAACAGCAGCAACAGGACCAGCUCCAGCACCAGUACUGCUCUCUCUCACCGCUGGAUAACAAGACUGGCUACAGCCUGCAGGACUACGUAUAGGAGACUGAUAGUUCUGGAGAAAGACAAGUGCAAUGCACUGCCACUCGACCUCUUGGCUCUCGUGAUUACAACAUGAAAGGGAGAGAGGUACCACAACUUUAAAGAAUUUCCCUUGUCGUUUUCGUCUCUCCCCUUUUUAAGAUCAGCAAGCACAAAACAGUGGAAGUAUUCUCUCAAGCGACGUCUACGAACAGACGGAUAGUGAAUACUGAAGGACGAGCGGCAGCAACACUGCAGUAGUGACAGCUAAAGCAGUGUGCAAGACAGACGAUAAAUAAAUGCACAUAUCCAGCAUCCUAGUAAAUCGUAUUAAAGUGUUCCUCUGUGAACAGAUUAGCAACAAGGGAAUGUUUCUGCUACUUCAAAUCCCACCCCCCCUUCCCAAAGAUCUGAACACUGAAGCAAUCGUUUAGCUGCUAACAAUCGUUUGGUAACCUCUGAUAAAAUAAGAUGGCAAUAUGUCUCUAAGAGGCAACAGCAUGGGAGAGCCCUUGUUUGGGAGAUUAUUUGCUUUUCUUUCUAUUUGAGUAAUUUGUGUUAAUGAAAUAUAAUUAUUUUGGUAGCUGAUAGGGUGAUUGAUAUUCUGCCUAAGCAUGCUUUCUGGAGCCUGUGCAUAAUGCAGUGGAAUGCCUGAUGUAGACUGAAUUGUAGCCAUAUAGCCUGUGCCUAAAGAGCUGUAGUACAUAAACCGCUGAAACUGUUUGGAGAGAAGUAGGAGGAGAGAGUGAAUAGGGGUUGCUGGGUCAGAUAUGGCUGAGAGGAGACUGCCCCUUCUUGCGUCAAAUGGAAGAUGUAAUGUUGUGCUGAUCAACACUUUCACAUUUUGCCCCAGAAAAAAGCACGCUGCCUUGAGCUCAGGCCAUGCUGUUUGCCGCUCUAUCACGCACACACUCAUUGUGCUGCAUGUGUGCUUUUUACUCAUGCUGCUACUCUCACUGCCAUGGAAACGGGAUUCUACACCCAAAUACUUGUAUUGUCUAGGGUCAUGUUUCUCUGCACUAGGAUAGUGGUCCUGUCUGUGACGAGCUGGAGGCUGUAAUAAAUCACUCCAGCCAACAGCAGAGGAUCGGUGUCUAGAGACAGUCUCUGCAACAACCCGUCUCUCAGAUGGGAGGGUCCGUACCCUGCUGACCACCUCCGAGCUUGAGAAUAUGAUCAGCAGACAAUGUAAGUGCAGCAGAUUUGUUUAACAGACAUAACAUUAACAAAGAUAAGAUUGAGUUUCAGUAACUGGCAGUUUUUAUGGAAGCAUGUGGAACCUGAUAAUUGGCUUGGGUCCACUCUCACAGGAAGUAGAUCUCUGCCAAAUUAUUUUACUUUUUUCAAAAUUUUAAUAAGCAAUCACAUUUGUCUAAAAAUGCAUCAGCUGUGACAUCUGCUGAAAGAUUGUCACCUACAAGGGGCUCUUUUCGUCAUCUUAAAGGAAUAUUGCCGGUUACUCAUGGCCAUCAUCUGUGGCAUGCUGUCGAUUAUGAGAAAAAAACAUUUUGUCAUAAUUUACUCACCCUCACUCACCCUCAUGAGUUUGAACUCCUACAGAUUUGGAACCUGUAUUAAGUCAGGAACGGUUUGGUUACCAACAUUCUUUAAAAGAACUUCUUUUGCAUUCAAGAAGUACACACAAGUUUGGAACCUUAAAAGGGGUCAUAUGACGUCACUAAAAAAACAUUAUUUUGCGUAUUUGGUGUGAUGCAGUGUUUAUGUGGUUUAAGGUUCAAAAGCACAUUAUUUUCCAUAUUAGUGUUGCUCCUCUUUGCUCCACUUUCUAAAACGCGUAGAUUUUUACAAAGCUCAUCGUUCUGAAAAGAGUGCUGUUCUCUGAUUGGUCAGCUAUCUAGUGCUUGUGAUUGGCCGAAUUCCUCAAGCGUGUUAGAAAUGUUCCGCCCCUUACCAGGUUCAAGAAACUUUCAUACAUAAAAUGUGCUUCAUACACUCGAAUAUUUGGGUUAUACUGUUCUGGAAUAGUGUUGUAAUUAAAACUUAACUACUGAGACUGUCCUCUUUUGGAAGACCAAACAAAGUAGUUUGGCUUUUGCAACAAAACAGCAUCUCCAUGACAUGGCGGCGAAGGCAACGAAACUACAGCGGGAAUAAGUUUCUUUCUUUGCGUAUACAUUUGGAUAGUAUGAUGCAAAUCUUCCCACACAGUGAUAAUGAUGUAGAUAUGUGGGGGCUUGUCUGAACUAGGCGUUUUUCGGAAGGUGUGGCUGAGCAUUCACUAUUAUAAAUAAUAUCUCUUUGGGUUUGAGACUUUAAUCUUUUUGACUUUAUGAAUCUUCUGUACGCACAAACAUCUUUUAAAACUC